AUGGGACAACUGCCAUUUGGAUGCUCAUGAUUUACAUUAAAAGCAAGGAGAACAGUUUGGAGGAGUGAUAAUAACACACCUCCAAUCUUAACUCCAGUUUUACCACUGGUGUGUGAAUCUGCCUUAACACAUUUCAAAAGGAUCAAGUAUAUUUCCCCCCAAAAAAUAUUUUAACCAAAUGCUCAUGGUCAAUCAUUUUCAAGCCCUUCUCUUCAAACACAUGAUGAAUCCAACAGCCUGCCAAAACUCCACCCCUUAAAUAUCAAAGUUCUCUGCCACAGCACUUAUCUGUGCUUUGCUGUACUUCACUGUACAGUACAGACAGCAGUGGAGUAAGAGGACUCACCACUGCUUGUCAAAACAACAGGAGUCUAUGGAGAGUUUAGAGAAAAAUGAAAACCCUGCAAUGGGUGGGAUUUGUGUCCCUCGCACUGGCAGCUGUGGGGAGUUUUACAAGACAACUAAAUGGAAGACUCUGGCACAGAGGCGACAGUCUGCACCUUCACUGGUCAUCAGCACUGCACUUAAAUCCAGAACAAUUUCCAGAGAAAGUUGUCUGUCUCCAAUCAACCCAGAGGCAUGUCCACUCGUCCAGUCAUUUAUUUGCCCGAACCGAGUGUUUGUGAUGCAUGGCCAUGUCCAGCUCAAGACAGGUCUGCAGACGCAAGAGCGACACCUUUUCUUGUUCAGCGACAUUCUGGUCAUCGCCAAAUCCAAAUCAACUUCACACUUCAAACUAAAGAACCAUGUCCGGAUUUGUGAGAUGUGGACCGCGUCCUGCACAGAUGAGGUGUGUGAGGGCAGCACUAACCACAACAGGUCCUUUGUCAUGGGCUGGCCUACCACCAACUGUGUUGCUACCUUCAGUUCGGUGGAACAGAAAGAAAAAUGGCUGUCAAUUAUUAAGAGCCGAAUUAAAGAAGAAAAAGAAAAAGAUGACCCUAAAAGCAUUUCUUUAAAAUUGUUUGCAAGAGAUGUUGGGAAUGGUACAUAUUCUAAGACUCUUCCGGUUGGGAACACAGACACAGCCUCUGAUGUGAUCAAGAUGGCGCUGCAGCAGUUUGGUAUUACUGGUUGUGUAAAAGAUUACCAGCUUUGGGUCAGCUCAGGCAAAGAAGAUGCUCCAUAUCCUCUUAUUGGGCACGAGUAUCCCUUCAGUAUCAAAACGAGUCAUAUGCGUGAGCCGCUUGCACAGAUGCCAGCAGGGAUCAAGGACACAGCCUUCCCUCAGGACCUCCAGGGGACCCUCCUUCUGCAGCAGCUGCCCCUGGAGACACAGUACCAGUUCAUACUGAAGCCCAGACACUUGGCCACAUCCCAGCAAUUAACUGAGCCCAACCAAAAAUCCUUUAAGAGGAAGAGGUCGAUUAUCAACUGGGCCUUCUGGCGUGGCUCUGGGACUCAGCUCGACAGCAUGCCUCUGUCUCCAACGCCUCCCACGCCAGGCAGACUCUUUGGGCUGCCACUGCAAUCCAUCUGUGAGGGUGACAAUCUGCCCAAGCCAGUCAUGGACAUGCUGGGCUUUCUUUUUCAAGAGGGUCCAUUUACCAGAGGCAUUUUCCGACGCUCUGCUAACGCAAAAGCCUGCCGAGAAUUAAGGUACAAGCUGAAUUUGGGAGCUGAAGUGCUUGUUGCCUGUGAAUCUGUCUUUGUGACGGCUGCUGUGUUCAAGGACUUUCUCCGGAACAUUCCUGGCAGCAUCCUUUCUUUAGACUUCUAUGAAAAGUGGGUCAACGUGAUAGACAUAGAGAGUCAUGAAGAGAAGAUACAAGCCAUACAAAGGCUUAUGGAACAACUCCCAAAAGCAAAUGUGCUCCUGCUGCGGUAUCUCUUUGGGGUCCUGCACUGUAUUGAGCAGCAGUCAGAGGAGAACCAGAUGAACGCAUUCAACCUGGCAGUUUGCAUUGCUCCCAGCAUGCUCUGGCCUCCUUCUACUUCAAGUCCAGAGACUGAAAGUGAAGGCACAAAGAAGAUUUCCAUGCUUGUACAGUUUGUAAUAGAAAACUGCAGUAAGAUUUUUGGGGAAGACAUUGUUUCACUGUUCGGGAGCAUGCCAAGGAAAAGCAACAGCAGUGACCAUGGCUCAGAUGUUUCGUCAUCCCAGAUGAAUGACUCUUCAUACGAUAGUUUAGAAAAUGAGCUGAAUUAUGAUGUAGAUUCUCCUUUUUUGGAUCUGCGGCGUAAAUGUGGGCAAGAUAACCGAAGCAGGGACUCUGUCAUUACCUUAAGUGACUGUGACUUAGACCAGCCAGAGAAUGAAGACAUUCAUCUACAGCUGCCCCCUUUGUCAAGGACAAGGAAGUUUUCUCCUGAGGUGCAUCAAAACAGGCCCCAUAGAGAAUAUUUGGAGAAGGACUUACUCUGCCCAACGGGAUUAAGGAGACACAGACGCUGCUCUGAACCGACAAUAGGUCUCCAACCUUCUAACUUCGAUCAGCACUUUGAGCAACAUGAGAUCGUUGCACGCAAGGCCAGCUACGAUGCAGUACUUACAAACAACGAAGAGGACUAUAUCAAACAGCUUCGCUCUUUACAGCUGGAGGGCCAGGAACUCAUCAAACGCAGCCUGAACAUGGGUAUCGAAUUGGGGAAUCCAAGCCCUUCCAGUCCUAGUGAUGAUGGGAAAGACUUGCAAAGAACUUCUAGGCUUAAUCUUAAACAGCCUCCUCCAUUGAGACUUAACCUCUGCUCGACUACCAGCUGCUCCAGUUUGUCUUCUCCAGGCACCUCCCCAUCUAGGUCCUCCAUGAGUUCCUUGGACAGCACCUUCUCCCAAUACUCUGACUACUCAGUGUUCGCUCCCACAGAGCCCUGUGUCCGCAAUGAAUCUUUAACACUGAAGAGUCAAGGGGACUGCUCUCCUCAUUCGCCUACCAUUAAACAGUUAUCAAACCAGCUCUCCCCAAGUCAACAUUCUGAUUUGACCACGUGUUCCUCUCCUAAGCCAGAAAAAAGCAAGCUAGCUGGCUCUCUGAAGGAAAGCCACGAAUUGGUGUCUCAAAGGAGCCCCCUCACUCUGCACCCUAAUAGAUGGUUGAAGAGCACUACACCUUCCAUGAGAAGUUGGUCUUUCCGUAAAAAGGAAAGUGGGAGCAAAAAUGAAGAAAAAAACGAAAGCUCUGCCAGGUCCCCGGUUUCUGACAAGCCAAAACCUCCAACAGGAAUGGUUUGUCAGGAAAGUGAAAGACAAGCCUGUCUGACCUUUGCGCCUAAAGAACCAGCAAAUGAAAUAGAUAUAAAACAGCACUGCCCGCCAUCCUACCAGGAAGCUAUACAUCAAAUACAGCAAGAUGUGCUGAAAGAAAAGGGACUGACUGUAAAGGCACUUACGCUACUGCAUGAGUGCGGGGGCAGUAAGGCUGGCAAGAAGCAGGUGGACAGUUCAAGACCUCCUACACUGAAACUUGACAAGAGGUUACCUGCAGGUAAUAUCCACAUCCCACAAACAGUGUUUUAUGGAGAGAGCGCUUGCUUGGGUGUUUAUCCUAUGAGGGGAAAGCAGUCACAGUCCUUUACUUUAGCAGAGGAUCGUCCGAAGAGCCAGGCUGCACACCGUUGCUCAGAGCCGGUAGUCCAUUUUGCUACAGGAGAUUGGACCUCACCCCUGGAGAACCACCAGAGAUUGGCAGGCCAAGAAAGCAACAGCACAACAGCAAAGAGCUCUCAGGAUGUUAAACUCAAAAUAUCCAAUACAGACCCUCAUUGUAAUGAUAUGGAGCCUGUGAGUCGCAAAGUGGAGCCUAACUUUUGCUUAUCUCAAACUGCCACUAAGACAGUCAAGGAAUAUUUCCUCCAAACAGAUGUUGAGAACUGCUUGCAGAAAACACAGGAAGUUGCCAAUGCAGUGAUUCAAAGCAAAAAAGAGUGGGAAAAUAAGCGAUGCAGCGACCCAAAAUUUGAAGACUUUGACCAAAUGUUUUUCGCUGAAGAGUCUUAUGUCUAAAUGAAAUGAAGGAAUAACUAUAUCGUAAAUGUAUUGUAAAUAACCGACAACUCGUCUAUCACGUCAAAUUUGGUUCUUUUUUGCUACAAGUGAACUGCCCUUUACAAUAUAAAUCUAGUUUUAAAAUGGUAAAUCUAUGUUAACUUUGGAUGCUUUUCAAUGAGUACAUUGUGAUGUUUGCAGUUUUAAUGUAAAUAGUAUUCUUGUUUCACUGCUGCUAUAAUGCAUAAAUAUAUGAUUUUAUUAUUGUAAUACAUACAAAACGUUUUUAUUUGAAAAGUAUUUAGAAUGGUAUACAUGUGUGUAUAAAAUGCUGCAGUAAGCUGUGCUGUUGUUGUAUAAGCUGUAAGAAAUGAAUGUGUAUUUUUGUACUUGCAAGUCCUGCUGCUGAUUUAUA